AUGCAUAUUUUCUUCAACUGUUCCUUUGCAAGAAAGGUUUGGGAAGCUGUACCUUUAAGACAAGUGAUUCCCACAACUGCGGAGGACACAAUAACAUCGAUGAUGGUCAAGUUCAGAGGAGCCCUAUGCCUCCCACCGACUGGAGUUCAGAACCCAAUCCUCCCCUGGAUCCUCUGGUCCAUAUGGACAGCUCGAAACAAACUCCUCUUCGAAGACAGGAACAUGCUGCCUGAGGAAGUCGUAACAGGAGGUAUUAGGCUUGCGAGAGAGUGGAACCAAGCACAAAAGCCAAGGAACUUACCAAAGACGCCAGUAAAUGCUCCAGAGGGGAGCAGCGGCGGGAGGGCAACGUCUCGAAACCUUAGCGACAACAGCGCGAUCACUUGCACAAUGGACGCCUCUUGGGAUGCGGCAUCAAAGAGGGCCGGCUUAGCGUGGAUCUUCAGGGAGAACAACGGAUCAAUCGCGACUCAAGGAUCGGAAAUCCAACACUCUGUCUCAUCCCCCUUGAUGGCUGAAGCCCUAGCAAUUAGAUCAACCCUCGUCAUGGCAGCAGAGCUUGAGAUUCCCAAUCUCAAAAUCUACUCCUGA